AUGGUGAUGGAAGCUCCAGAGAAACAAAAUGAAAUCCUCAUCAUUACUUUGAUCUUCUUCAUAAUCGCAUGCGUGGCGGUGGCAUUACGAUGUUAUGUUCGAAUCAGAUUGCUGAACGCGUUUGGUUCUGAUGAUGCACUUGCUGUUUGCUCUUUGCUGUUCUUGUGCGUUGGAACCAUUUUUACAUUGAUAGGACUUAGCUCGGGCUUUGGACAACAUGACAGUGGUAUGGCACUGGAGCAUUUCAUAAAGGGAUUAAAAUACUGGUGCUUCUCGGAAAUCAUUUAUCCCCCUACAAUCGCUGUCAUCAAGUCAUCCAUCGCUCUCUACCUCAUUCGCAUUGCUGUUAACCCCUAUCAUAUAUACACCAUUUACAUCUCCAUGUCACUCUUUCUCAUUUACAGCGCAGCCUUUUUCGUACUCUUGUUACUUCAGUGCACGCCAAUAACAUUCUACUGGUGGCGAUUUACAGGAGCAACCGACGGACAUUGUCUAGUACCCACCACAAUAGCAGCCGUGGCGUACGGCCAUGCGGCUUUGAGUGUUUUGACGGACCUAACUCUGGGCAUAAUUCCCGCGUUUAUUGUGGCGGAUCUUCAGAUCACGACUAGGACGAAAACUGCGGUCGCAAUGACAUUGGCAUUGGGUUCCAUUAAUGUCAUCACACUCUCAAUCGUCGAAGCAGCCGUUGGACUUACAGCUUCCUGUUUAGCGACUCUCAAACCCCUCGUUCGCUCAUUCCUUGACUGGUCUGAAAAUUCAAUCGGAUCAUCUGGAGCCCUUCACACUCGUAUGAUUGAUGGUAUUUCCGGACGGAAGCGAACGAGAAUAGAUGAUACAGAACUUCACCUACGGCCUGACCUCAAGAUUGUGGGAUUCACGACAACAAUAAUAUCGAGUAACGGACGAGAAUCACCUCCACCUAGACAUUCGAGUCUUAAUCAGACAGUUGGCGACAAAAAUGAACCAUGGUAUAGUCCCCAUGGAUGUCCGAAAUCUCAUGAGCGGCUGGGAAGUAGAAGUGGGAUUAUAGAGGCAGCAGAGCCGGCUUACGAUAUGGAAUAA